AUGCAGUUCCUAAUGAAAUAUUGGUUUAAUAUCAGGCACAAUAUUUUCCAAACAAUUCAACCGAUCUGCCGUACCAUGAAAUGGUUUGGCUUCAUGCCAUUCACGCUGGUUUCGCAUCCCCAUGCGCAGCCCCACCCGCCCAGGGAGGGCGCACAGUCCCACCCGACCGCCGCUUGUCUCGAAGUAAAAACGACCGACGCACUGCUACUGGCCGGAUGGCAGCUGUACAUCCUGCACUGGUUCUUCACCGAUUGGCUCGACGACCUUCACGAAAUGCCAAUGUCGAAAAUUAUGAUUUAUUUCAGCAUUUCGAUAUAUUUCGUGGAAGCAGCACUGCUGUGCUCGGUCCAACUGCUGGUGGCUUUUUCGAAGGCCAAGAUCGAGGAAACUUUACGGCUAGUCAAGUUCACGGAUGAUUUGCUGGAACAAUUCGCCGUUGGAGUAAAUCAUCGCCGGCAGCAUCUGGGCUCGAUUUUGCUAAUUUUUGGAUCCAUUAUCUGUGCGGGAUUGAUUUUCGUAGCCGAAUACACCGUAGGGAGGCAGUUGGAAGGACCCUUAACCGAUGUUUGGAGUAAAUACUACACCACGGCGACGGUUUGUUACUACGAUGCGAUGCGCUUGAUUCAGGUCUGCCCGCUGGUCGUUUUCAUUGGAGGUUUGCUGAUGUUCAAAUCUCGAUUCAGGAUGUUGAAUUACGCAUUUCGAUCGUACUUUAACCGACAGAGAAAGAAUCUAAACGACGAAGAAGUCAAAACGUUUCUAAGAUUCACAGCCAUCUGUCACGACACCCUCACGGACGCUGUAACAACUUUUUGUGAUGUUUUCAGCUUUCAGGUCACCUCCGCAUGUACGACAUUCAUUCUGGUUAACAUAUUCAGCAUGUACACGAUUGGGGCCCUCUUCUCGCGUCACACUCCCGACGUAGUAUACCUGUCCCUGUUCUAUGGUUUGGCCAAUCUACUGUACGCACUACACAUCAUCCCAAUCAUCAAGCUGGGCAGCGACGUUCGGGAUGAGGGCACUCGAAUGGCUGUUCUGGUUCACAAGGCCAUCAAUCAAUCGACGCUUUCGGAUCGCUCAAUUGACCGGCUUCGACUGUUUUCCCGGCAGCUCCAACAGCAAACGCCAAACGUUUCCGGCGGAAUGUUUUCCUUCGAUUGGACACUCUGCUUUUCGAUCUUCUCAGCGACGGCGACCUACGUUGUGAUUAUGGUCGAAUUCGAGCUGGAUGUGCCACAAUUUUUUAUUGACAGUUUAAAACCUUCGACGGGAAACCUAACCUCGCGAGGAUUGAUUUUAAACGACACCCACUAA